GUGUGUAACAGUAAACAGAGCUUACAGGAGGAUCAAACCUCCACAGAGUCUCUGGAUUCUGUCUAUAACGCUGGAGAACAGCAGCAGAUCCUGCAGACCACACUGAAGAUGUGUUCAGUUAAACUCAUCGACUGCACGAACCUCAUGAUGAAGAUUAAAACUGAACCCACAGAAAUGAAAACUGAACCCACAGAAAUCAAAACUGAACCCACAGAAAUCAAAACUGAACCCACAGAAAUCAAAACUGAACCCACAGAAAUCAAAACUGAACCCACAGAAAUCAAAACUGAACCCACAGAAGAGGAAGAUCUCACUGAUGAAGAUGAUAUUUUUAUUCCAUCAGAUGUGAAGAGUGAUUCAUGUUUGGAUAUAGAAAUAACUUCCUCAACAUCAAAAGAGCGACUGACAGCACAAACUCUUUCCUGCAUCACCUGUGGAAAGAAAUUCAGCUCACAGAGACAUUUAGAGACACAUGAGAGAAAACACACAGAACAGAAACUCUUCAACAGAUCUGAGAUCAGCUUUACUACCUUACAAGAGAAGAAACUUCAUUCAGAAGACCACAGAGAGAAGAAGAAGAAGAAGCAGUUUCACUGUGAGCAGUGUGGGAGGAUUUUUGUCUCUUCCUCUAAUCUAAAGGUUCACAUGGGGACACACCGUGGUGAAAAGCCUUUCAACUGCACUGAAUGUGGAAAAUACUUCAGAACCAAAGACAAUCUUAAAGUUCAUCAGAGAAUUCACACAGGAGAAAAACCUUACGAGUGUCCUCACUGUGAGAAGAGAUUUAUCUCUAAACAUAGUCUGAAGAAACAUAUGCUUUCACACACCAAUGAGAGACCGUAUCAGUGCAGUGAAUGUGGAAAAACCUUUAGGGAUUCAGGUUCAUUAAAAUCACACCAAAAUAUUCACUUUAAAGAGAAACUCCAUCAGUGUUCACACUGUGAUAAACGUUUCUGGCAUAAAUGUCAGCUGAUAGCCCAUGAGAGAAUUCACACUGGAGAAAAACCUUACAAAUGCUCUCAGUGUGACAAGACUUUUGCUUAUUUACGUUACUUAGAAGGCCAUCAGAGUGUUCAUACUGGAGAGAAACCUCAUCACUGUAGUCUCUGUGGGAAGAGUUUUAGUCUAAAGCAUAACUUACAAAAUCACAAGAGAAUUCAUACACGUGAAAAACCUUUCAAAUGCUCUCAGUGUGACAUGACGUUUGCUCAGUCAAGUUACUUAAAAUCCCAUCAGAAAGUACAUACAGGAAAGAAACCUUAAGUCUGCUCUCACUGUUUAAUACGUUUCUGUAGUUCAUCUGAAUUCAAAGUCCAUCAGACUUCUACCUCCACCUAGAGCCUGUUAUUUGGUUUGCAAAAAUCCACCCCUCCCGGUCAAUCUGGUCCAAUUAGCGCAGGCCAGUUCAUCUGGUCCAAUCAGUGCAGGGCUGUGUAAAAUCUGCCUGUCAAUCACAGUUCCUGAACGCGCCACAACCCCCCCCCCCCCCCGCGGCGCGCGUUGCAAUUUAACAUGCAUCCACCUUUUUUUUUUACAGGUGUGUUGGAUUGAACGCAGCGUACAUUCACUAACAAACUUCCGAUUCCUCGGUUAACAACCAGAGCUAGAAAAACAACCAAUAAUAAAGGGAACAAAGAUAGAAAGCGACCGUGCCCGUAAUAAAACUAGGAUCAAUAUCGGACCGGCAUUUGAAAGGUUGAGGAAUCUACAAGAUUCAGGGUUCAAGCUGGAUGCAGAGCUUGCCACAUUUCUUCUUGACCAGUAAUUGUGCUUUAUCAACCAUUGAUUGUAUUUCUGAGUGUUAUGUAAGUAAUCUUGUCUAAUCUAAGUAUGUAAGUAAUGCUUGCUAAACAUGCGUUCACAAAAAUACUGGUGCUUAUGCAUUGACAAGGACAAGCUCGAAGGGAGGUUGCUCGGUGGUAGUGUGGAAAUUGUAAACAUUCCUAAUCAUCCCAAUACUCCAAGCAUACUGCAAGCUUUAACGAUUAUUUGAUUGAUUGAUCGUUAAUUUAAACCAGGGGUGUCAAACUCAAGGCCCGCGGGCCAAAUCCGGCCCGCCCCCUCAUUUCAUCUGGCCCGCGAGAGUUUACAAAUUAUGUUAAUUAUGUGGCCCGCGAGAGUUUACAGAUAAUUUUAUUGUUAUUAUAAGUUUUAUUUUUGCAGGUUAUUUCCUAUAUAGAUUUUUUUAGCAGCCACCAAAACUAAUUUUUGUCCCGCCAAAGUCUUUUUGUAAUGUAAUUAUAGUGAUAAUGUUGAUGAUUGCAUGAGAGAGAACGAGCAGUGCCCCGCACGCGCGCACUACUAGAGUGGGCGUGUCUGAAUGCGAACGCUGCAGCCUCCGUAGGUCGCAUUUCCAGGCUGCAUGCGUCAUCAAGACUGCCUUGUUUCAGAAUAUUAACAAUUAUAAAGUUAAAUAUUAUUCUUUGUUUAUAGUAAAUAGUUUUAAUAUGCGUAUGACUUGCGAAUGUAAUGGUCAGUUAACUUAAAUAAACCAGGCUUGAUGACGCUGCUAAUGCGACCUCCGCAUAUGGAAACGGACAGUAUCUGCUCGUUCUUUCUCUCCCUCUCUCGCGCCCGCUCACGGAGAUGUCCAGCUGGUAUUAGUUUAUUACGCGUCUAUUCCCGCUAAAUACGCGAACUAAUGACUCAUCUGAACCGAUUACUUUUAAUAAACGAUUGAAACUAUUGAUCUGUAGCCUACAACACUGAACUCAUGAGACAUCAGUCAAUCAGUCAGACACUCAAAGCCACGUAAAAAAACCACAGCUUUUUUGUAAAGAGGGCAAGAAAUGGCGAGGGUAGAUGUGUUGAAUAAAUGCAUAAUUUUGUGGUGGAGAUUGUAAAACUCUUUAUUAGUAUCUAAAAUGCCUCUCAUUUUCAGACCUGCACAAUGAAGGAUAACAGAACAUUUUGAGUGUACUGUACUCACAUACAACAUGUGUUUUUGUCACCACAAUUAUUUUUAAAAUAAUCUGUAGAAUAGUUGUACUCUAUACACUUUGUCAUUAUUUGCCUGGGCUUCUACUUUCAAAGCUGGGUAUCAAUUGAGUUAUUAACAAAACCAAUAGUAAGCAAAUGCAGGGAAAAUUAUGCAAUGUACAGUAAUAAAAGAGUUGAUAUAUUCAUACAGUCGUUCAAAUACAACCGGCCCUUUGAGAUUAACCGUAAAGCUGAUGUGGCCCGGGAUGAAAUUGAGUUUGACACCCCUGAUUUAAACGAUCAUCGAAUAUGGGAAAUUGCAUAAAUUGACAUCCCUACUCUAUAAUGGAACUUAUAAUUAGGGCUGCAUGAUAAAUCAUGAAAAAAUUAAGGCAUUAGCUAAAAUUAUCAUUGUUGACCGUUCUAAAAAUAGCUAAAAACUUUGUAAGCCUGCUUACUUUAUUCAAAACCUUAUUGG